AUGAAAUAUGGAAAUGGGUCUGAAGUGACUGAAUUCUAUCUUCUGGGAUUUCGUGGGCAGCAAGAGUCCCAGGCUGUCCUCUUCGCUGUAUUUCUUACUAUCUAUGUGAUAACCAUGGAGGGUAAUACAGGGAUGAUCCUGCUCAUCAGCACAGAUCCCAGACUGCAAACACCCAUGUACUUCUUCUUACAACAUCUGGCUUUCGUUGACAUCUGCUACACAUCUGCCAUCACUCCGAAGAUGCUCCAGAACUUCAUGGUGGAAAACAAAUCCAUAUCAUUUGGGGGAUGCCUGCUGCAAUUACUGGUGUACGCAACAUUUGCGACCAGUGACUGCUACCUCCUGGCAGCAAUGGCCGUGGACCGUUACGUAGCCAUCUGUAAGCCUCUUCACUACCCCGUAAUCAUGUCCCAGACUGCGUGCAUACUGUUGGUAGCUGGCUCAUACCUCAUGGGAUCAAUAAACGCCUCUGUACACACAGGUUUUACAUUUUCCUUGUACUUCUGCAAGUCCACCAUCAACCACUUUUUCUGUGAUAUUCCCCCAGUUGUCAGCCUUUCAUGCUCCAACACUGACAUCAACUUCAUGCUAAUUUUGAUCUUUGUAGGGUUCAACUUGACUUUCACUGUGUUGGUCGUGAUCUUCUCCUACAUCUACAUCACGGCCGCCAUCUUAAAGAUGUCUUCCACUGCGGGGAGGAAGAAGACCUUCUCCACCUGUGCCUCCCACCUGACGGCCGUCACCAUUUUCUAUGGAACCCUCUCCUACAUGUACUUACAGCCUCCUUCUGAGCAUUCCCGGGAGAACAUGAAAGUGGCCUCCCUAUUCUAUGGCAUUAUCAUUCCCAUGUUGAACCCUCUGAUCUAUAGCUUGAGAAACAAGGAGGUCAAAGAAGCUAUAAAAAUGAUAGUAAAAAAGUUAUUUAGAUUGGAUCCAAAUUGUUAA